AUGGCCCCCUUGGCUCACACCCUGGCACUGCUGGCAAUGACCGUGGCCACUGCGGCCAUCAAGGUGGUGCCCCUGGACAUGGCCCAGAACUCCUUUGAUGACCAGUACCUCAACUGUGGCCCUGCCAUGACUGAGGCCUUGCCGGCCCUCAAUGGCUCUGAGUUCCAGGAGAACAAGGAGUUUUCCCAGGCCUGGGUGAAGGCCAGGGCCGAGUGGCAGAAGCGGGGCUCCUCUUCAUCCCCUCUGUCCCCAGCCCAGGCCAUCGCCCUCAUGGCCUACACGAUGGGGGACGUGCACAAGCAGCUCAACCCAGCCAUGCGCAAGGCUGGGCGCUCCCGCCAGGAGUACCGGGACAACUUCCACUUCAAAACGCUGCAUUUCCUGCUGACCCAGGCCCUCCAGAGACUGAGACGCCCUCACGAGUGUCCAGAUGUGUUCCGUGGGGUGGGGACGGUCCAGUUCAAUGUGACACCUGGCGAUAAAGUCCGCUUUGGUCAAUUUGCUUCAUCGUUGCUGAACAAAACGGUGGCCCAGGGUUAUGGGAACAUCACAAUGUUUGAGGUGCACACGUGCCACGGUGCCAACAUCCAGAAAUUUUCCUUCAAUCAAAGCGAGAAGGAGGUGCUGAUCCCACCCUUCGAGACCUUUGUGGUCACCAAAGUCACCAGGGAAGGGAAGAAGGUGCAGAUUGAGCUUUGCUCCACCAGGAACUCCAGCAACUACAACUGCGAGUGGCUCCAGGACAGUGCAGGAGAGCAGAGAUUGGGCAGUGCCUGGGGCUGCUUGGGCACUUGGCAACAGGGGGGCUUGGGAGCGUCAAUGUCACAGCCACCUCCUAAAGCUCCUUGGCUGUUUCACCUGAUGUAG